GUUACACUGGCAGAGUACCCGGUUAUCAUUAGCACAUCAGCACAUUGAAGCAUCCAGAGAAGCCUCAAAACACCACAGCUUGACAUCUAAUCAUCUGGAAACUCAAGAGAAGAACCAACUGGGACUUCCUGGGGAAAACAAAGGAUCUUGGACAAGGGACUUCCCUCAACUUUGAGGUCAAAGUUUCUUCUGUGACCAUGGCGUCUACCGGUCUUCAGCUGCUUGGCUUGCUGUUGGCGGUACUGGGCUGGGUAGGUGGGGCUCUUGUAUGUGCGGCUCCUCUGUGGCGUGUUUCUGCCUUCGUGGGCGGAGAGCUGGUGAUUGCACAGGUGCUGUGGGAGGGCCUGUGGAUGAACUGCCUGUCUCAGACCACAGGCCACAUCCAAUGUAAGACCUACGACUCCACCCUGGCCCUGCCCACGUCUGACCAGGUUGCCCGAAGCCUCACAGUUCUGUCUCUGCUCCUCUGCCUGCUGGCCCUCAUGCUUGGGGUGGCCGGGGUCAAAUGCACGCGCUGCAUGGGGGACAGAAACCAUGUCUCCAAAGCGCGGCUGGCUAGGAUAGCGGGCAUACUCUUCCUUGUGGCUGGCCUGGUCUACUUGAUACCCAUCUGCGUGACCACCUAUGCAACCGUAAGGGAUUUCUAUGAUCCAAAUAUCCCAGCACCACUUAAGAAGGAGCUGGGGCCAGCACUCUACCUGGGCUGGGGGGCCAGUGUGCUGCUCCUGGCUGGAGGAGCUCUGUUGAAUGCAGGUUCUUCCCCUUUAGGAGGAAGAGCGCCGACUGUGUUUGGGGGAACAGGGAGAGACAACCCACAAGCAGUGGCAGCAGGAGAGAUGGAACAACAGGAGAAGACUUUUGUAUGAGAUGCUAGAGUCUUGGUACGAGAUGUAACAAACACAUGAGGGGGAAAAGUGCCACAUAGAGGUGACUUUCAUACUAGAAAAUGCGUACACAGACUUAUUUGGCAUUUGAAUUACACACAAACAUAUGGACAAGAAAUGAGUCACAAGGUCGAUACCUAAUGUGGGAUCUUGUAGGUCUACAGUACCUCCUCAUCGAAAUAUAUUUGCUGAGAGGUAAAGUAUCCCUACCUUAGUGACACUCAAAUGAUGUGUACCUGUGAUGCCUUUUAGCCUUUCUUCUCAUUAUAAAGUGGGUUUUCAAUUUUUCUUAAAUGUAUGACUUCAACUGCAAUCAUUGUGUUAUAACAUUUUAAUUAAUCAAAAACUGUAUGAUUUUAUUUUAUUAAACUUCCCUUAUAGAUGAAGAGGUUUUUUAAAACACAGAUUUCAUAGUACAUUUGAGUCAGAUUGGUGGAUUAAAAUAC